AAGUCAUCAUCCUUCAAUAUUAUUUGUACAACUUUUCUAAUUUGACCUUUUAAAUAAUGCAAGGCUUUAACCAAAGACAAACCAAAAAUCCAUAUUUUUGAAACUUUAAUCUGCUCUGAGGGAAGCCACAAGAAGGUGCACUUUUUCCUUUUUUCAAAAAAACCUUUUUUCAGUUCUGGGAAGUAAUAUAAAUCACGAAACCACAGGCCAUUGUCCAGACAUGUACUUUUACAUUUCCCAUAAGCAUUUUGAAGUACUAAAAUCUCAUGUCAAAUUAACAUGGCCUUUAAUGAUUGCAUCAGAUGACAUUACCUCUGAGUGAGAGCCACUGUAACUGGAUCUCCUUCAACCAGCACAGUAUAUAACUCACUUCAUAUUGAGAGAGAGAGAGCAAGACCACAGCACUCAACCGGCCAGCAGACACAUCAUCUAGAAUAUCCUCACUAAGCUCAGCAAAUGCAGUUUGGAAAGGAGUUUGUGAGGCGAAACAGCUUCUACAAAUGUGUGAUAAAUGAGGAGGAAACAGCCCUGGAUUCUGCAGAUGUGUUUGAGUUGGCAUUCAAAGGGAAGGCCUCUGCCAUCGACCACCGGAGCCAGAAAAGUCCAGAACAGCUAAGCUUCAGGGAUGAGAAUGGAGCUAGUCCUCUACACUAUGCUUCAGCUGGAGGAAACGUGGACAUAAUUCGCCUCAUUGUUUCUGUCGUGGGCCCUGAGGAGCUGAAUGUACAGGAUGAGCAGGGCAGAACUCCCCUGCACUGGGCUGUAGAGCAGAAUCAACAGCAAAGCUGCGUGUUACUGCUGGAGCUGGGCGCUGACCCCAACAUCCUCAACAAUGCCAUGAUGGGCCCUCUGCAUCUGGCUGUCACAAAGAGAUACAAUCAUCUAGUAGAGGUCCUCUUUCAGUCCUGUGACAAAACAGAUGCCAAUCUGGAGGGGGAUCUGGGAAACACCCCUGUGAUGAUGGCCUGCUGCACUAAUAACUGCCAAGCUAUUCAGUUUCUUUUCAAACAUGGUGCCAAGAUGUGUAUUCAGAACAAAUUGGGUCACUACGCUAUCCAUACGGUUGCUUUUGCAGGUGCCAAAGAGGCCAUGGAGAUGGUUUUGGAAAUUGGAGAAGAACUGGGCAUUUCCACUUCAGUGCACAUUAAUUAUUUGGAUAAAACCAAAAGUACCCCCCUCCAUCUGUCUGUACGUGGGGGCAACAUUGAGGUGAUCAAACUUUGCAUCAUUAAAGGAGCCAGAGUGGAUCAGCAACAGUGUGACAAAUCCACGGCCCUCCACUUUGCCUGCACUCAGGGUGCUCUGGAAGCCGUCAAAAUCAUGCUUUCUUCUUACAACAAAGUGGAAGACAUCAUCAACAUCAGGGAUGGAGCCAAUCAGACCCCCUUACAUAGAGCCACGUUGUUUGAUCAUGUCGAGUUGGCUGAAUAUCUUAUUUCAAAGGGAGCAGAAAUUGACUGCACUGACUGUAAGGGACUGUCUCCUCUGCUGUUAGCCUCCAAAUGCUGUGCUUGGAAAACAGUUGCAUUUUUGCUGUCAGUUGGUGCCGAUUUCAGAAUCAAAGAUGAAGCAGGUCGCAACUUCCUCCACUUUGUCGUUCUUCAACCAAAAGGGCUGAAAAAUCUUCCUGAGACAAUCUUACAGUGUAACGCCGUGAAGGAGAUGUUGUCUGAUGAGGAUGUUGAAGGCUGCACUCCUCUGCACUACGCCUGCAAACUUGGCAUCCACGAUUCGGUCAAAAAUAUGCUGGGUCUCAAUAUCUUUGUGGGUCAAAAGUCACGGGAGAAGAAAUCAGCUCUUCACUUUGCUGCAGAAUAUGGGCGUAUAAACACAUGUAAAAGGCUGCUGGAGACCCUCACAGACUCUAAAAUGCUGAACGAUUGGGAUGAAAAGGGUCUGACGCCCCUCCAUCUUGCUUCAAGGGCAGGACACACUCAAGUUGUGGAGCUGCUGCUCAGAAGUGGUGCGCUUUUUCAAAGUGAUUACAAAGGAUGGUCCUGUUUACAUCAUGCUGUGGCUGAGGGAUACACUCAGACAAUAAAAAUUCUCCUGUCAGCCAAUGUCAAACUACUGGACGAAACGAAUGAGGAUGGGAACACGGCUCUUCACAUAGCUGCACAAGUGGGACACGUAGGUGCCGUUUUGCUGUUAUUGGAGAGAGGAGCUGAAAUCACUCUCAACAAUGCUGACAACUCUUUUUUGCAUGAAGCUGUGCGUAAUGAGAGAAAAGAUGUAGUGAACGCUAUUAUCGAAAAUGAGAGGUUUGCUGAGGCAAUAAAAUCAUUUAAAACAACAUCCCGCUGUGCCGUGAUGGACAUCAUAGAGUUUCUUCCAGAGUCUUUCAGGCACCUUCUGGAUCGGUGUAUUUUAGAGUCUGAUCAUGAUGCCAACAGUUCAGAUUAUCACAUCACUUAUGAUUUCCGGUGGCUUCAGGCUCCUAUACAGCUGAAGAAGUAUGCCAAAACAGACAAAUCAAUGAAGUACCAACCUUUGGCAGCUAUGAAUGCCAUGGUGCGGUGCAACCGUCUGGAGCUCCUCACUCACCCCGUGAGCCGAAAAUACCUGGAGAUGAAGUGGAAGGCGUAUGGAAGCAAGGUUCAUUUGCUUAACCUGGCUGUCUACCUGCUUGGCUUGUUGCCCCUCACAUACCUCAUCCUCAAUCUGAGACCGAAGCAGGAUGUUUUUGGCAACAGCACUUCUGUCAUCAUGGUGCCCGUAUCUUUUAGAGAGCAAAAAUCUUUAAUCUCAGUCUGUAUAAUCAUGGUGCUUGUCUUGAAUGUGUAUUCCGUUUGCAAAGAGCUGGUGCAGUUGGCUCAGCAGCAAGUAAAUUACUUCACGGACUUCUCGAACCUUGCUGACUGGUGUGCAGCUAUUAGCUCUUUAGUCUUUGUCAUUCCCAUGUGCUUCAAUCUAGAGAACACUUGGCAAUGGGAGGCAGGAGCUUUCGCCAUUCUGACAUCAUGGAUCGGCUUCCUGCUCUACUUUCAGAGGUUUGAGCGAAUUGGAAUUUACGUGGUGAUGUUUGGUGGAAUCGUUAGGACCCUGGUGUGCAUCAUGAUUCUCUUUAUCUUCCUCUUACUCGCAUUUGGAUUGGCCUUCUAUGCUUUGAUGCUCCACCAGGAUGAGUUUAGCUCCAUCAGCCUUGCUCUAGCCCAGACGUUUGUGAUGACAGUGGGAGAGCUGAACUACCAGAGCAUAUUUCUGAACGCUUAUGAAAACAACCGCAUGGCGUUCCCUGGGGUCACCUAUUUUAUUUUUGUGCUCUUUGUGCUUUUCAUGCCUAUUCUUCUCAUGAACCUAAUGAUUGGUUUGGCAGUAGGAGAUAUCGCAGAGGUACAGAGAAAUGCAGAGUUGAAGAGAAUAGCCAUGCAGAUCGAUCUUCACACUGCCCUUGAGGAGAAGCUACCUUACUGGUUCCUGAAGCGAGUGGACAAACCAUCUAUCACCAUCUACCCCAAUAAAUGCAAGAAAGUGCUGAUGCAGGCGCUCAUUGAUGGUGAGAUCCAAAACACAGUUCGCACCCGUCUGAACCUCUGCUCACGGCAGGGAGGGCCUCUGGAGAGAGAGCUGCACAAGCAAAAGAACAGGUUGAAAACGAUGUCCUGUUUGCUGGAGAAACAGCAUAACCUGCUCAAGCUGAUCAUCCAGAAGAUGGAAAUCACUUCUGAGGCUGAUGAAUACGACGGCCCACAUAACCCUAGAGCUCUGAAACAGCCCACUUCCUCCUCAUCACAGAAGUCAAAGUGGGUCCCGCUGCUGCAAGCCAUUAGGACAAAGAAGUAAUAUUAGAGAUGAUGACAUCAUGUGUAAAUAUAAGCCAAAUACCCAGCCAUCAUUACUUAUAUUGGCUAUAUUUUGUUGUGAUUUAGUAUAUAGUUUUAGUUGUUCUUCUUAACUGAUUAAGUGUAAUUGUGUAAUCAUAAGCUCUAAUGUAUUUAGAAGGUUAAACUGAUAUAUAUGAGUCAGUCUAUUAAAUCCACUUAAAGUUUUUACUGAACUCCGAAGAGAAGUGUUUGAAUGAUAUCCAUUGCUUUAAUACAUAAUGAAGAUCUUAUAGCACCAGUACUGAAAAUUAGAAGAGCAUUUGAAAUUAAUGCACUGACAAGCUCCUAAUGCAAACUUAAAGACUUGAAACUCUGUGAUGCAUCACAUAUAGAUUUAUCACACCAGUAGAAGAUUUAGCAUGUAAAUUUCCUCUGGCCUUGUGCCCGGAUGUAGUAACCCUGAGACUCUUUGUUAUACCAAACAGUAAUUUCAAAGUAGUUCUGCCAACAGGGAGCACGAGUGUGUAACCCUCAUUUUUUAGGUCUGUAUUAUAGCUGCAUUAUAAAAAACUUGUUGAUCAGAUUGUCAAUGGUGAUUUCACAGACUUCAACAAGUCACUCAAGUUGGGAGUAGAUUAAGACAAGCACCUGCGUGGCCGGAACACUGUAAAAAUCACUUUGUGAUUUUGCAUGGACAUCAUGACAUAGUAAAAUUGAUUACAAGGAUAACACUAUCCAGAUUAAAUUGUUUUUUUUUUUUUUUUUUUAGAUUUGGUCACUUUAAGCAAUACUAAACCUAUGUCUUUAUUGCAGUACAUGUGCUUGAUGCAUGAAAAACCUCAAUUUUAAGAAAAUAAAUUAUAUCCAAUAUACUGUGUUCAAGUCACCUCAGUUCUUCGAGUCUCAGUUUUUCUGACAUUGAACCCCAAUUAGCUGUUCUUAGGCUUUGGAGGCAAAUGAGAGAAAAACAGCAAUUCUCAUCUGUCAUCUGAUCAGUGUUUCACAAUAUU